CAAUGCAUCUAUAUAAAUGUACAUUGCCUUGAGAAUUCAUGUGGCACUGAGCACAGAGAACCGUAGUUUCAAUUUCCAACAACCCAUACCUAGCACAUCUUUAUUCGAGUCCAGCUAGUAUUCAAGCCAGAGAUGGACGGACAGGCCGUGCCAUCCGUGAUGCAACUGAGCACGUUCACAAAGGUCACAUCGAUACCCAGGGAGAAGAGCUACAGAGAGUUCCCGGUGAUGGUGCGUGUCAAGGCGCCAGAAAUGACCGUGCACCAGCACUCCCCGGUCGAUAUCGUCGCGGUGAUCGACGUCAGCUGGAGCAUGGGCUGGGAUGACAAAUACGGAAAGGAACCCAACGACAGGUUGAUCCUUGUGAAGAAGGCAAUGGCCAAAGUGAUCAAGAAUCUUGCUGGCGCACAAAACCGUCUUGCCGUUGUAGCAUUCGACCACGAAAUUAAAAAGAGUACGGAACUUUUGGAAAUGAAUGACAAAGGCCAGCAAAGUGCCUUAGAGACGGUGAAUGGGCUGACACCCUUUGGCCGGACGACCUUUUCCAUUGGCUUGAAGGAGGCCGCCAAGAUCCUAGAUAAGCGCGCUGCAAGGGAGAAGGACCGUUUAGCCUUCAUCAUCUUCCUCUCCGACGGAGAUGACCCAGAGUUCACAAAGGAAGACAUCCCACCCGCGUACCCAAUCCACGCUUUUGGUUUCUCAGCAGAUCACGAUCCCAAAGCGUUGCAAGACAUGGCCAACCUGACCAUGGGAAGCUACACACCUAUCAACAAAGACCUCGAGAAGAUCACCGAGAAGCUGGAUCAACUUUCGGAAAAGCUCGUCUCCAUCGUCGCCGUUAACACGGUCAUCCACCUCAAGACAAUGCAUAGUGGGGUGUUUCUCUCGAAGAUAGAGUCAUCCUCGGCCAAUGACGCAGUAGUUAGUUACAAGAGCCGCCUCGCUGACGGCAAGCAGUCCGGUGAGAUAAUCGUUGGUGAUGUCUCCUCUGGAAAAGAGAUGGAGUUCACCGUCUAUCUGGACGUGCCGGAAUGCCAAGGAAACUGUACCGACGGCGCGAUGGAGCUGUUGACGGUCGGAGGCGUAUAUAAACAGAGUUGGGAUCAGAAGCAGGUAGAGCUCAGCAAGUCCGUCUUGACCGUCGAGAGGCCGGCUAGCUGCAAGGAGCUUGACUGGAUUGAGCAGCGGGUCGAGUACUGGUGCAAGGUUAAGCUGGAUCUUUCGGCAAUGUAUGACAAGGUGUGCGGCGGCAAUGGCGACGAGAGCAACUGCCAAUGCCAAGACCUGCAGGCCCUCCGGGAAACGUCGCUGGAGGCUAUCAACCAAGCGAUGCGCAACGACAUAUACACGGCCACCCUGCACGCCAUCAAGCUCAGGCACUGUGGUGGCGCGGUGGCGGCAGAGACCGAGAAGUCUCCUUUGGAGCCGGUGCAGCCUGCCAAGGCAGUUUAGUAAUAGAAUGCUUCACAUUAUCACAAACGUGGUGAUGGACGGACAUGCAAGCGGGUUCAUACCUGUAUAUGAUAGUUUGGGAUGUUCUCUGUAAGGGCUACUGUAGUUUUGUUGAUGAGAAUAAUGUCCGAACUCUGAGCACAUGAAAAACGCGUUGUGACUGCACGUGUGACAAUUAUUCACUGACAAAGUCGCUUUCUACA